CUUUUGUCUAUCUCUGACCUCGUGGUCUUGUCCCUCAAUCAACAGUAUUCUCUCAGCACCUUUCCUAUCAGCUGGGAAGAAACAGGACCUGGACUUUUUUUUUUUUUUUUUCCUAGAGAUAUAAUCAACUGUCUUUCCUAUUCCUGGUUGGGAAUUUAUACGUUUAAGAGGGGGCUUUCCACCAACAACUCUUCACACUCAAGGCUGAAUGUCAACACUACACUAACUCUGAAUGAAAUACCCCUUCUUCAGCUGAGAGAAACCACCAAGGAGAGGAAUCCCUUGUCUCAUUUCUGUGAGCCACAGGCUACUACCUAGAGCUCUAACGGUCCAUCAUCUACACGUCCAAACAAGAAGUAGCAAGCUAGUUGUGUUUUGUUUUGCCGUGAUGGAGCUUCAGAAGAUGACUAACGGACACCACUGCAGUGACCUGAGCCCUGAGAAGAUCAUUCUGGAGGACGGGUUUGAAGCAGCUGAAGAACGCGAGGAGUUCCUACCUCAUGGGACAGAGGGAGGGAAGAAGGUGGUUCAGUUCACAGAUUUUGAGGGGAAAACGUCGUUUGGGAUGUCUGUCUUUAACCUCAGCAACGCCAUUAUGGGCAGUGGGAUCCUGGGUCUGGCUUAUGCCAUGGCCAACACAGGGAUAGUCCUUUUCAUAAUCCUGUUGACGUGUAUUGCUGUUUUAUCCGCUUACUCAAUUCAUCUUCUUCUGAGAAGUGCUGGCGUAGUUGGAAUACGGGCUUAUGAACAGUUGGGGAACCGAGCCUUUGGAACCCCGGGAAAAGUGGUGGCAGCUUUAAUCAUAACUAUGCAUAACAUUGGAGCCAUGUCCAGCUACUUAUUUAUUGUAAAGUCGGAGCUACCUCUGGUUAUUCAAGCAUUUGUAGGAAAAGAAAACACAGGCGAGUGGUACAUGAAUGGCAACUACCUCAUCAUCAUUGUCAGCAUUGUGGUCAUUCUCCCCCUCGCUCUCAUGAGGCAGAUUGGUUACCUUGGAUACACCAGUGGCUUUUCUUUGUCCUGCAUGAUGUUUUUCCUCAUUUCUGUGAUCUACAAGAAGUUUGCCUCUGAAUGUCCAUUGGACAGUCACAGUCACAACAUCACAGUCACAGAAGCUUCCAUGGGCAUGGAGUUUACAACACACUCAGUGCUCCCCACAGCAGUCCCCACAGCAGGGCUUAUGUUGACAACAGGAGGCCCCACAGAAUUUACGACAGUCACUGACAGCUUGACAACCUUACUGCCUACUGAUGUGCAGAACUUGAUGGAAAAUGCCACAGAGAGCCUGUACGAGUUGAUUAAUGCAACAUUUACAACAAUGAGUUCAACUGAUGGACACAUGGAAACAAUCUCUGACCUCACCACCCCUAUCAUCGCAACCACAUUGGGCGAUCUUCAGUCCCUGUCAACAAGUGUGGCGGAUGGUGAACUUCCUAUGCGUCUGAUCUCCGACCAUGAGCAUAGUGUGGCUGACGAAACCUGUCUGGCUAAAAUGCUCACCAUCAAUCUUCAGACAGCCUACGCCAUCCCUAUCCUGGCUUUUGCUUUUGUGUGCCAUCCGGAGGUCCUCCCCAUCUACACAGAGCUGCGCGAGCCAACCAAGAAUCGCAUGCAGGGUGUUGCUAACAUUUCAAUAGCAGCCAUGUUCCUCAUGUACCUGCUUACUGCUCUCUUUGGUUACCUCACCUUUUACGACCAUGUGGAAUCUGAGCUUCUGCACGCCUACAGUAAGACUGACACUCUGAUCCUCUGUGUGCGCUUGGCUGUGCUGAUGGCAGUGACCCUCACUGUCCCUGUCGUCCUUUUCCCAAUCCGCAGAGCCCUGCAGCAGCUGUUGUUUCCAGAUAAGCCUUUCCAGUGGGCCCGACACAUCAUCAUAGCCCUAUGUGUGCUAAUUGUUGUCAACAUCCUGGUCAUCUUCGUGCCCAACAUCCGAGACAUCUUUGGUUUCAUUGGAGCCACCUCUGCUCCCAGUCUCAUCUUUAUCCUACCUGGAAUAUUCUAUCUGCGCAUCAUUCCCGAGGAACAGGAACCAAUGAAAUCCAAAUCAAAGAUGGGGGCAGCUGCAUUUGCGGCUCUCGGGUUCAUCUUCAUGGUCAUGAGCAUAUCCUUCAUCAUCCUCGACUGGGCGUCAGGAGAGAAGCGAAGUGGAGGAGGGCACUAACCACACAGUCAGCAGCAACACCUGUCAAUCAGGAAAUACUCCUACAUACCACCCCCCACCCCCUCAUCUGCUCAAUCACCCUCAGGGCUCCUUGAGAGAGUCAGACAGGAGGCGGAGCACAACAGCCAUGGCCAAGAUUGGACCAAGUAACAAAACAGGCUUCACCGAUACCGGCAAAAAGCUGUCAAACUAACCUAACUAAAUUUUCUGGUGGUAGACAUGUCCUACAAUACCAAAAACUGUGAAAGUGUGUGUGUGGCAGGGGGCAGGUAUGCUCUCCAUGGCAACAUGCCAUGCAGUAUUAAACACUGACUUGCUUUGUAGGAUGUGAAGUUCCCAAGUGAAGACAGCAAUGCAACAACCAAAAAGCUUUCAAACUCGAAUGGCAAGCUUUCACACACUACAUAGAUUUGUCACAAUGGAUUGUUUUAUGUGUCUAUCUAUAUAAAGAACUUGUGUGGUGGACAUAGAGUGUGAUCAUGGGAAGCUAAAGGGAUCAUUUGUCUUACAAUUAGCAACCCAGCAAGUUUAUUUAUUAGUGUAGCAAGAGGUCUCCUUCAUUGCCAAAAACAGACAGUAGGCUUCACCUCAGAGUUCUUCUAUCCUACCUCCCCUCCUUAAAUAGUUCCUUCACAUAGGAAAAUGUAAGGAGAAGAAGAGAGACUGUCAUCAGAAGGAA